AAACAAAGGAAGAGCCAAGGGAAGAGCCGUGGUGGAGAGGAGAAGAGUGGCGCCAAAUGGAGCUGGACCCGCUGUUCGUGCGCGGCCUGCGGCUGCUGCACUCGCGCUCGCGCGACUCGGUCGACCAGCUGCGCGCCCUGCUGGAGGAAGUGCGCCAGCGGACCGGCCGCGCCGGCGGCAAGCUGUCGCCGGUCAACCGCAGCCCGCGGUCCACGCCGGGUCCCACCGGCCGGCCCGACACGCUGCCCAUCAAGCGCGGCCUGGACAAGAUAAAGGAAGAUAUUGGGGAGUUUGGUUCGAAGCGAGCGCGCGUCGAGUCGCCAGUGGCGUUCAAAUCGCACACGCCCUCACCGACUAUGUCUCGGGACUCGGACGGCAGUAAAAAGUCGGAAGACUCCGACUUGAACGACACUGCCGGCCUCGAGAUGGAUUUCAUGGACCAAUUGGCGUGUGUUGUGUGCAGAAACAUCGGCGUCAGCACGGGUAACCAGCUGAUCGAGUGCGCCGAGUGCGGUAACCUGUACCACCAGGAGUGCCACCGUCCGGCCAUCACCGAGCAGGAGCGCGGCGACACGCGCUCCGUGUGGCUGUGCUCCUCGUGCCGCGACCAGCAGCAGCCGGCGACGGGCUCAAGUAGGUCCUUGUUGAAGCCGACCGUAACGGCAUCAGCCAAGCCGGACAAAAAGUCGGAGAGUUUGCUGGCGAAGAAGGAUUCCAAGGGCUCGUCGCUGGCCUCCGGCUCGCGGCCGGCGCCCGGCGUCAGCCUGCUCAAGACCAAGGUGUCGUCCAAGCCGCUGGGAUCCCUCCACAUGAGCAAGAGCUCCAUGUCGUCCGGCAAGGGCCACAAGUCGUCAGGCUCCGGUCGCUCGGUACCCGGCUCACCGUCCUCAGCCAAAGCCGGGGGCGGCGCUGCGCCGCCACCCAACUCGAUGGUCUCUGCCGAACGCCGAAUGCAGCUCAUGAAGAAAAAGGCGGCCGCCAAGCUCAACGAGAAGAGGAAGAACUAGCCGGCCGCCCACCAUCCGUAAGAAACUCUCCGCUCGAAUCCGAGCAUCUUUCACGCAGCUUUUCUCGCAGACUUCCAGCGGCUCCCGGCACAACAGGGUUUCAGGGAUCUGAUGUGUUCUCGGGCAGGUCGUGGAACGCUUACGACGGCGGCAAGCCACAUGAAUCUACUGUUGAAUCGGCUGGGGUUCUGCUGGUGCCACGAGAAAGACGUGAUCGGCCAGGGGGCAUAUCCAGGCAGCGUCUUGCGUUCGAAAUUCGCUCCCGACAAGGCGCUACCAAACGAACCGGACGACCAAACUGGAACUCGGUGGGACAUGGACUCACGGUUCACCGUUCAGACAAACUUACAAAAUGGUUGUCUUGUCUUACGUUCGGCCGAUUUGUCAAACUCCGUAAUUUAGUCAGGAAGACUGAUCCGUAAUCAUAGUUGUUCGGCAAGGCUCGGCCGGCACAUGAUAUUCCGUCGUAGUAUGCAUCGGUCGAAUCUUCGUGGUUAUUUUAGCUGCGCCGGCCACCUCAGCGAUUGGAAUCGUAUGUGUCUGACUAACGGGACUCUUCGCACAGGUCACUGAUCACCCUUACUACUUUUAGCUUCUGGUGAUUCUUCCUCUGCUCUUAUCGCAAAUGUUGCCUCCUUAACACUCUCAAAUGUCGUUGCAUGCUUUUAGAAGGUUGCGAUCACUCCAAUGAACAGCUAGAUAGGCUCCUUCACUCCUUCAGCCAUCCUUUCUAUGCUCUGAUGUAGUAUUCGGUGCUGCGAUAUUUACCUCGUCUAAGUGCCAGAUAUUUGCCGAUGUUGACUGGUGACAGCGCAACCGUUUUCACCGUUUGUCAGCGACCAUUUGCCGAUAAAUUUAGUCGAUAUGUCAGGUACCACGUUCGUCGGCUCAGAGAUCAGCUUGCCCGAGGUGCAUUGCAACGUAGACCAGUCCUGUGGGGCAUUACCUAUAAGACCCGUUCCCUGGCGUGCUGGCUAAGUAUUGUCCGUUACGCGCUUUUCCUUAUUGGCUCUCGACUAGUUAUGUUUGAAACAAUCGUCGGGAUCAUGAGACACACGGCGGUAAUACAAUCCAAGGUACGCCUCGCGCUCGCCGAUCCGAAUCGUGUCAUCUGUCCCCCUCCUCAUCUCCUGUCCGCCUCAUGUUUCUAGUCGCCGGGCCGCGCGCGGGUCCGAUUUCUUCGGCUGUUCAUUUGUAAGUCGCCGGGUCCGCCCGAUGUAUGAGGGACCCUGACGGCCACAAUACGCUUACCUUCCAUGUGAUAGCGUGACAGCCUCUCGUACGGCGCGGAGUGCGCGGCCAGGUGAGUGUGAGUGUCGGGAUCCGCGUUGGAGUGCAGGGUUCGGCAGAAUGUCCCUCUACUGAGCGCAGGGUCCGGCGGAAUGUCCCUCUGCGGAGUGCAGGAACUGCGGGGUUUAGGUGAGCGUCCUGGUAUGAGCUGCAGGACUCAGCAAAGCGCCCCAUUGUCAACAGCUGGUGCCGUAGAGGGAAGUCGAAAAUCUGGAGCAGAACGUACCACGGAGUGUCGCGUGAUGUGGAGUACAGUGAAGCGUAGAAUGAGUGUCACGUGUAGUGAAGUGUAGUGAUGUGUAGUGUUUUCUGUGGAGCGGUGUGCGCGGUUCCUGACGUCCCAGUCAGGUUUGCGGUCAGUGGCGUCCCACGGGCAUUACUGGCUAUCUCUGUGACUCCAUGCAGCGGUCGUCCUGCAUGGCUCUGUACCGCAGUACCAGUGCGGUCCGAUAGACCAGCGCCGCACAGGGUGAUGCCUCCCACCCGCGCGGAAAGACGAGCGGUCUCAGCAGUCUCCAGCGGGCAGAUGCGGUCGUCACAGUACGUAAUAUAUUGUAUCACAAUGUGAA